GUAUCUUGUGGCCACAACGUUAUCACAUAAUUUUCUGCUAACAUUGUUAACCAAAAAACUGACUUCAUUUAUUGACCCCUCAUUUUGAAGCUAUGUUAUGAGAAGGAGCUUAGCACCAAGUAAAUUAAAUUGUACAAGAGAGUCGUCCAGUGCACCUGAGCCACCGCUGAAAAAGUACAGAACUGUUUUGCAUGAAAAAAAUGCUCCAGAGUAUUCUCCAGUUGACUCCAACUCUUUCAGAAAGUCAUCACCUGCCUGCGACUACCUCGAUUCUCAUGAAAAUCUUAUUCGCAAUAUAUUAUCAAAGCCUUUUCGAGUGCCAAUUAUUAACUAUAAUGGUAGUUCAAAUGAUGUAAGGGUCUUGGGUGUUCGUCGUAAUACAUCUAGGGUUGCUUUACAUGACCCUUUUGAAGAAGAUGCCCUAGUUUUGUAUUCACCUCCGGAAGUGACAGCCCAUGACGCUCUUAAACAAGAAUCGACUAAGAAGCUAGUUCAUGUCGUCGUCGACCCAAUGUUAUCGAAAAUUCUUCGUCCUCAUCAGCGUGAAGGUGUCAAGUUUAUGUAUGAUUGUGUUACUGGUGUACAAAUACCCAACAAUCAUGGAUGUAUAAUGGCAGAUGAAAUGGGUCUUGGCAAAACAUUGCAAUGUAUCACAUUAAUCUGGACAUUAUUGCGUCAAGGUCCGGAAGGUAAUCCAAUAAUCGACAAGGCAGUAGUCGUUACACCUAGUAGCUUACUAAGAAAUUGGUACAAUGAAUUUCAAAAGUGGUUACACGGGAAAAUACAUCCAUUGGCUAUUGAUUCUGGGAGUAAGGAAGAUAUUGAUAGCAAAUUAGCUGGUUUUCUUUCACAAGCCGGUCGUCGAAUUCCGUCGCCAAUUUUAAUUAUCUCUUAUGAAACCUUUCGAUUGCAUGCUUCCGUUUUACACAAAGGUUCUGUGGGUCUGGUUCUGUGUGAUGAGGGCCAUCGUUUAAAGAAUUCUGAAAAUCAAACAUAUCAAGCACUAGUUCAACUAAAAUGUCCACGACGUGUACUUCUUUCUGGGACACCAAUUCAGAAUGAUUUACUGGAGUAUUUCAGUCUAGUACACUUUGUCAAUAUGGGAUUAUUGGGUACAGCCAGUGAAUUUAGACGUCAUUAUGAAAUACCCAUUUUGCGUGGACGUGAUGCAGAUGCUACAAAGGAAGAUCAAAAGAAAGGUGAAGAGAUACUGCAGGAACUUUUAGGUAUUGUGACACGGUGUAUUAUCCGUCGGACUCAGGCUCUACUCACAAAAUAUUUACCUGUGAAAAUUGAACAAGUAGUUUGCUGCAAUUUAGUUGGAAGUCAGCGUGAAGUGUAUUCAGAUUUUGUUAAACGAAUGGCACGUGAAGUUUCACUGAAAAUGAAUAGUGCAGAUGAUUCGCGUAAUGAUAAAUUAUCAAUGUCUAGUCUGGCGUCUAUAACUCAUUUAAAAAAGCUAUGUAAUCAUCCAGAUCUAGUAUAUGAGAAAAUGGCAGCAAAUACUGAUGGCUUUCAUAAUGCCCUUAGUUAUUUUCCAGCUAAUUAUCAAGGCUCACUUGAAUCUAACGCUUCUGUAAAACCUGAACUAUCUGGUAAAUUUCAAGUUCUUGACUGUCUUUUGGCCGUAAUUAAGUCUACAACGUCUGAUAAAGUUGUCCUCAUUUCAAACUACACUCAAACAUUGGAUCUCUUUGAACGUUUGUGCCUUCAACGAGGGUAUAAUUUUGUACGACUAGACGGUACAAUGACAAUAAAAAAACGAGCAAAAGUUGUCGAACAGUUUAACGAUCCAACUUCACAUGAUUUUGUCUUUAUGUUGAGUAGUAAAGCUGGUGGCUGUGGUCUUAAUUUAAUUGGUGCUAACCGUCUUGUCAUGUUUGAUCCUGAUUGGAAUCCAGCUAAUGAUGACCAAGCAAUGGCACGUGUAUGGCGCGAUGGUCAGAAGAAACAGUGCUACAUUUAUCGUCUUAUUUCGACAGGCACCAUUGAAGAGAAGAUGCUUCAACGCCAAGCGCAUAAAAAAGCUCUUAGCAGUUGUGUAGUUGAUCAACAGGAAGAAGUCGAACGUCACUUUAGUCUCGAUGAUUUGAGAGAGCUUUUCAUGUACCAUUCUGAGACGUUAUCGGAUACUCAUGAUAGAUUCAAAUGUCGUCGUUGUGUCAAUUCUGUACAGAUAAAGCCUCCACCGGAAGGAACAGACUGUAAUUCAGAUUUUUCCCAAUGGAAUCAUUGUUACACGAAAAAGACUUUGAAUGAUUCAGUACUGAAAGCAACUUGGGAUACUGGGUGCAUAUCAUUUGUAUUUUGGCAUUAUUCCCAUGAAGAACAACGUAAAACUGUGUAGUAUUUCUGUUUUGGUUGGUUGUAACUUGUGAUUGAUCUUCUUGAUUUUUUAUUGGUUCUCUUAUGGUGAAUUCGAUUUGCAAAAUUUUCUUGUCUUUGUAUUCAGUCGGAAGACACUAGGACUCUUUCUGUACUUCUUUUACAAUACAUGUGUUUUGCUUA